GUAUCACUCCACCCAACUUGGAAACUCAUUUUUUGGCUUCUGAUGAUAGUGUCUUAGAGUAGACCAUUGUUAACCAAAACCAGUCCGAAACAAUGGAAGAAGCACAAGUUGCUGACAUUGAUUUGGAGACCAAUACAAACCACCCAGAUCAAGAUCAAGUAGUCCGACCUCCUCGACCACGAUGUGAGAGGCAUGUCCCUCAAAGGCUUGAUGAUUAUGUUUGCACCAUGCUCCAGUCUGUUAUGCCUAUGCAAGCUCCAUCUCAAUCAACUAACUCAGGUGAUCCUUAUGCUCUAUCUAAUUGUGUCUCUUACAAUUCCUUUUCAUCCAUUCAUCUUAGUUAUUUAGCAACCAUCUCUUCCAUAGAUGAGCCUAAAUCCUUUUCUCAGGCCAUUAAAAAUGAAAACUGGCAAAAAGCAAUGAGGCAGGAGGUUGCUGCACUUGAGAAGAAUGGCACUUGGACAAUUGAGGCAUUGCCUCUUGACAAACGUGCAAUUGAUUCCAAAUGGGUCUAUAAGAUCAAAUUCAAGCCAAAUGGAACUGUUGAAUGGUACAAGGCUCGCUUAGUAGCGAAGGGAUUCACUCAAAUUGAAGGGUUUGAUUUUCAUGAGACCUUUGCUCAUGUUGCUAAAAUGGUCACUGUGAGGACAUUACUGGCUCUUGCUUCGAUUAAGCACUGGGAACUACAUCAAUUAGAUGUCAAUAAUGCCUUCUUGCAAGGUGACUUACAUGAAGAGGUAUAUAUGAAAAUACCACAAGGUUUUACUUGCAACCAGAGCAACAAAGUUUGUAGGUUGCAGAAAUCACUUUACGGACUACGACAAGCAUCUAGGAAUUGGUUUGAAAAGUUUACAACCUCUCUUAAAGCAGUUGGGUUUAAGCAAUCGAAGGCAAAUUAUUCCUUAUUCACAUUGGCCAUUGCUGAUAAUUUUGUUGCAGUAUUAAUUUAUGUUGAUGAUAUUGUCAUCGCCGGCAAUGAUGGAGCUAGAAUUGCAACCUUAAAACACUAUCUUCAUUCUGCAUUUUCUAUAAAGGAUUUGGGUCCCUAAAAAUAUUUUCUUGGAAUUGAGGUUCACGUAUGAAUUUGUUUCAGAAAUGGAAAGUUGGGAAGUGAUUCUGUUUAUCUUACCAAAUCUGAGCUAAUGAGGUAUUCAACAAAUUCAUGGCAUCCUGCUCUUCUCUUUCCCCUCCUUCUUUCCCCUUUUGCCGAAGCAGAAAUUGCCAGUGCCAUUUGGGUUUCUCUUCAUAAAAAUCUCCGAGGCUCUCAUAAGGGCGAUAAAGGGAACGACAUCCU